AUGAAGACUAAAGUAGAAGACAUUGAAAUUGGCAGUGGAAAGCAAGAUAGUAAGAAAGGUAUCGUAACUUCAUCCAAUCAACAUGGCAACAAUAAUUCUAGCAUAUCACCACCUGGUGACACUAACAACAAAAUACCUCCCCCAAACAAGUCUGGGGAGGACAGUAAAGACACCGACCUAGAGAGUAAGAAGAGGAAAUCUCAGACUAGCUCAUCAGACAAAGUGAUAAAUACAGACCGAAAAGAAGAAGAUGACCCUGAUAUCGUUGAGGAGAUUACUAGGAUAGGACACUGUGCCAAACUCAGACAUAAUUUCUGCUUCAAGACCUUUAUAUUUUUUGUGGUAAUGGCUCUGAAUGCAGUAGAUAUGAUAGCUGAUUGGUUACUUUUCCGAGACAUCUUUCAGAUUCAGGAAGGCCUCGUGUAUGGACCUCCAGACAAUGCCAUCACCUAUUCCUUACUGACAUUCUCCAUCAUCGGAACAUUCACAUUUGUGUUUGAGGUUGUAAAUCUAUGGUGGGAGAUUUACCGUAAAAAUCCAUGGAUCAAUGCUGACCUUGCAUCUGCAGUGACCAUCUGGAUUGAAGACAUUCCACAGAUUAUCAUCAACCUCUUCAUCGCUCUGUGUCGCGAGGAGGCCAUCAGUUACUUCCAGUUAGUGAAGGCUUCGGUUAUCAUUGCUAGCAUCAUCAUCAGAAUCAUAGUAAGUCUCAUACACUACUGCAGUAAGAAGAACUUGGCGGAACUGAACGACCACACAAAAACAUCCUGUCGUCAUGUGACCUAUCGAUUCUUCAUUAUGAUAGGACUUUUGGGUAUAUUCUCCUGCUCCGUUGCCGUUUUCUUCCUCACACAGUUUGAAAGAACAGAAGACGGAAAUAUCAAAUUCAAUCUACCCAAAUCUGUGUUUGAAGGGCAAUAUAACGAGGAGCGAUACUUUAAAAAUGUCAGUAUAUAUCUGCAUCACCCCCUUAUUGGUUUUGAUAAUGGUAACGUAGACAGCAAUGACGUCAACUGGAUCCGUCUCAUCAGUCUGUACGACGUGAGGAAGAAAGACACAGAGAUUUUCAAGCUUGAAUAUGAUCAGACUAGAACAAAAAUAGUAAUAUGGCAGACAAACCAUUCUGGUACAUUAGUCGUCAAUGACUGCUACACACUGGAUAGGACAGCCAAGACAGUGACUCGGGCCUCUUCUUGUGUUUCACAUAUCACUGGGCAAAAAUCUGCUUUCAUUUUCAAAUUUGAAUUUGUCAAAAAGAAAAUCCCUACUUUGAUAUUUGGAGAUGUAAGAUUCAAUUUAAUUGUUAAAGAAAAUGGUGUAUGUCAUGGUCCGUCCACUUCACUGGUCACUAAAUUACGAGAUCGCAGAGACAAAACAACUAAUCAAAUACAUCCUGUCAUCCACUAUUACCGGACCAACAACGUAGCUGAGGACCACCACCUUCUUUGGACCAGCGGGGCCAGUGGUGCCAGAUUUUACAAAAAUCAGGCAGAUUUGAUAGAUAUUGCUACAGUAUGGAGAACAGGAUUUAACUACUGUGAUAGUACUGGCAGUCUGGCUCCACACAUAUACACAGGGAUUGAUGUUGACUGUAACAUCUAA